ACGUGCUCUCUCUCUCUCUCUCUCUCUCUCUCUCUCUCUCUCUCUCUCUCUCUCUCUCUCUCUCUCUCUCAAGCAUGGCGGCUGUGGUGGCGACACGGGCGUGCGAAACCGAAGGCUGCAGUAAAGAAGCAAAAUUGCAGUGUCCCACAUGUAUUAAACUCGGGAUACAAGGAUCAUAUUUCUGCUCUCAGGAAUGUUUCAAAGGCAGCUGGGGUACUCACAAACUGCUCCACAAGAAAGCAAAGGAAGAUAAAAAGGAUGAGGAGAACUGUGUGGGGAAGGAGGUCAACACAGAUCCCUGGCCUGGAUAUAAGUACUCUGGCAAGCUGCGACCUUAUUAUCCAUUGACACCCAUGCGUCCAGUUCCAGGGCACAUUCAGAGGCCAGACUAUGCUGAUCACCCCCUGGGGAUGUCUGAGACAGAGCAGACACUUAAAGGGACUUCCCAAAUUAAAAUCCUUACUCCUGAAGAGACUGAGGGCAUGAGAAUCGUCUGCAAGCUGGCCAGAGAGGUGCUCGAGAUUGCUGCCAUGAUGGUGAAACCUGGAGUGACAACAGAGGAGAUCGAUCAUGCUGUACAUCUGGCAUGCACAGCACGGAAUUGCUAUCCUUCCCCCCUCAACUACUACAACUUUCCAAAGUCUUGCUGUACAUCAGUUAAUGAGGUCAUCUGCCAUGGAAUACCAGACCGCCGCACCCUACAAGAAGGGGACAUCCUUAAUGUGGAUAUUACUGUUUUCCACAACGGUUACCAUGGAGACCUGAAUGAGACAUUUUUUGUGGGUGAGGUGGAUGAAGGGGCAAAAAGGCUGGUGCAGACGACGUAUGAAUGCCUAAUGCAAGCUAUUGAUGCUGUGAAGCCUGGUGUACGUUAUCGUGAGCUGGGGAACAUCAUUCAGAAACAUGCGCAGGCUAGUGGAUUUUCUGUGGUGCGAAGUUACUGCGGUCAUGGCAUCCACAAACUCUUUCACACGGCACCCAAUGUCCCACAUUAUGCAAAGAAUAAAGCUGUUGGAGUGAUGAAACCUGGACACGUCUUCACGAUUGAGCCCAUGAUUUGUGAAGGUGGUUGGCAGGAUGAGACUUGGCCAGAUGGUUGGACAGCUGUUACUCGAGAUGGGAAACGCUCUGCCCAGUUUGAACACACACUUCUGGUGACUGAAACAGGUUGUGAGGUUCUCACUCGUCGACUUGAAGAAAAUGGCCGUGCUCACUUCCUGUCACAGAUGUAGAGUGCUUGGGUGAGAACACAAGCCCUGCCCCCAGUGGAGGACACAUCUGCUCCGCCCCUGUCACCGAUAAGCCAAUCACACUGUGGUUCUCUGUUGGGCAGGAGAUUAUUGGCCAAAUGGCCAUGUUGAUGGAGUGUCUAACUGGGCGAGAAAUGGAGAUUUGUUAUUUAUGAAUUUAUCAUCUGAACAGUCAUAGGACUCACUUGGAUCUGGUCAGACUGGAAGGCACUGACUUUUGACCUGCUUGCAGUGCCACUCCCCCUUUUGUGUCUGUAGGUGCGUGCGUGUGUGUGUGUGUGUGUGUGUGUGUGUGUGUGUGUGUGUGUGUGUGUGUGUGUGUGUGUGUGUGUGUGUGUGUGUACACAUAAAUAUACAUGCGUACACACACACACUACUUUAUUGAACAAGCUGUGUUUGAAUUCAGGAUUUAUUGUGUGUGUCCAAGUAUGAAUGGUAAGCAUGUCAUAUGUUUCAAAAUGAUACCAAACAGACGUAAUAAAAUCUUAACACAUUUUUUUUUCUUUCAUUUCUGGUUUAUCCCAGACAUACUCCCUGCAACAUCCGCCUGUUUACAAAAGAGUGCCUCACAACAAACAAUGUAUUUCAUGAAAUUCAGAUCAUUAUGUAGUGAUUUAUUUAAAGAAAUGUUAUUUUUCAUAUGUAAUUGGCUGAUGCAGUUCAGAACUGUUCAUGGUUGAUCUAACAUUGAUAGGCUUUUGGUCAUUGGUGCACUGUGUGUGUCUGAAACCCAGUCAAAAACAUUUCAUUGAUCUGCAUUCAAGCUGUAUUAAAGCAGAUUUUCCCUGUGGAUGGUCUCUAGGUUUUGUGUUUUUCACCCAAAUGUGAGUAAACUGUCUGCCUGUGUCUCUGUCAGUGUUUGUCAGUGUAAGGUCCAGUUUUGCAUUUUGGUAUGGGGAGGUUGAGAUAUUUGUUUAUACAGACUUGUGACAGCAUAGUAAAUUCUACACAAAUAAAUUAUAGUGUAAUUUAUGUGUCAACUGUCCUUGUCUCUGACCCCUUCUAUGUCUGGCCAUUUAAGAACUUUACUAUUUACUAUAAACCCUCCUCAAGAUGGUUUGUUUACUAAACCAGGAGUUCAAAUGGGGGUAUGUUUGUUCGGGGAGAUAUUUGGCAGAUGGAACCCAUUGUAUUAUGUAAUAGAUGCUUAGACUUCAACGAGUCUACUGAAAUAUCUGAAGAGGUUUUUUCCUUUUUUGGCUUAUUAAAAUAGAUGAGGAUGUACAGUUCAUGUCUGUUAUUAGCUUGGCAAAGACCAAGACACAAUAUUAAAAUACCUAAAUGCAUUUGCUGUUUGGUCUGCAGAUUAUUUUUGUAAAAUAUCGUUUGGAUUAUAGCUGGUCAAUUGGUUCCAGAGAGGUAUUUCAAAAGUUCCAUAACAAAUUUCCACAUCAUAUGGCCUGCAGUCAUAUUCAAAAGUGAUUUCCACAAAAUAAAAAGGAACAGAUGUUUCAUUGCAGUUUAGCAUGUGGCAGAUUCUCCAAGGUCAUUUUAUUUAAUCAUGUAGGUAAUCACUUAACUAGGCUCCCCAUUCUUGUAAAAGUCUUGGUGUAAAUAGGAUGAGCUCAUAAAGAUGUAAGACAGACGCAUCAUUGAAUUUGCAUUUUUAUUACCACAUGCAACUAUUUUACAUAAUGGCUUCCACCCCAUAGCUUUUUAUACGAUUGUAUAAUGUUUGUGAACUCUUUUAGAUAAUCUAAUUCCAGUAUGUGGCUUAUAAGCUUAUCACAGCAUGCAGGUUAAAUACGCUAAUUGAGUAAUGUGAGUGUUUCAGCCAACACCUUUCGAGUGUUGCAGGGUUAUAUAAUAUUUAGCCAAUU